UUUGUUUUGGCCUGAGCAAGCUAGAACUAUGUGGCUGUGGAUACUCAAGGAGAUGGAUUUAUUGCAUAUUCUGUUUUUGCUGUUUGUGUCCUGGACACGAACCCGAGCCUUGAUCAACCUGAAAUAUACUGUGGAGGAGGAGCAGAGAGCUGGGACUGCAAUUGCCAAUGUAGCUAAGGACGCUAAGGAUGCUGGCUUCGUGUUGGACCCUAGGCAGCCUGCUUUUAGAGUAGUCUCCAAUUCAGCUCCCCACCUGGUGGACAUCAACGCCUUAGGUUUGCUGGUCACCAAGCAGAAGAUAGAUAGGGACAUGCUGUGCAGGCAAAGCCCCAAGUGUGUCAUCUCGUUGGAGGUCAUGUCCAACUCUAUGGAGAUUUGUGUCAUUAAAGUGGAGAUCAAAGACCUCAAUGACAAUGCCCCCAGUUUUCCUACCGACCAGAUUGACUUGGAGAUAUCAGAGACUGCUAGUCCUGGCACAAGAAUUCCACUGGAGAGCGCAUAUGAUCCCGACUCUGGUAAUUUUGGGGUGCAAACCUAUGAAAUCACGCCCAAUGACCUGUUUGGUUUAGAAAUUAAAACCAGGGGUGAUGGGUCCAGGUUUGCUGAACUGGUGGUAGAAAAGAACCUGGACAGAGAGACCCAGUCCCAUUACAGCUAUAUUAUCACAGCCCUGGAUGGGGGAGACCCCUCUAAUUUUGGAACUGUGGAGCUGAACAUAAAAGUCAUAGAUUCUAAUGACAACAAUCCAGUUUUUGAGGAGCCUGCAUAUACAGUCAAUGUUCAGGAGAACUCUCCGCUAAAUGCGGUGGUUAUUGACCUCAACGCUACAGAUCCUGAUGAAGGCACCAACGGAGAGAUUGUGUAUUCCUUUAACAGCUAUGUGUCUGACAAAACCAGGGACCUCUUCAAGAUAGACCCCAAGACUGGAGUGAUCACUGUGAGUGGGGCCAUAGAUUACGAGGAAGGGCAUGUUUACGAAAUAGAUGUACAAGCCAAGGACCUGGGACCCAACUCCAUCCCUGCCCACUGUAAAGUGACUGUGAAUGUUUUGGAUGUUAAUGACAAUGUGCCAGUGAUUAACUUGCUUUCAGUGAACAGUGAAGUGGUGGAAGUGAGUGAGAAUGCUACCCCAGGGUAUGUCAUAGCUCUGGUCAGGGUAUCAGACAGGGAUUCUGGACUGAAUGGAAGGGUCGUAUGCAAGCUACUGGGAAACGUUCCAUUUAGAUUGCAAGAGUAUGAGAGCUUCUCCACCAUUCUAGUAGAUGGCAGGUUAGAUAGGGAGCAAAAAGGCGAGUACAAUUUAACCAUCCAGGCCAGGGACAGUGGUAAUCCUUCCUUGCAGUCCACCAAGUCCUUUACAGUGAAAAUUACUGAUGAGAAUGAUAAUCACCCCCACUUCCUUAAAACCUUCUACCAAGUCAUUGUUUCUGAAAAUAACACCCCUGGUGCUUACUUACUGUCGGUGUCAGCCACAGACCCAGAUUUAGGGCUGAAUGGGAGUAUUUCCUACCAGAUUGUCCCAUCCCAAGUGCGAGAUAUGCCAGUUUUCACCUAUGUGUCAAUCAACCCAAACUCUGGAGAUAUUUAUGCCCUGAGAUCAUUCAAUCAUGAACAAACCAAAGCUUUUGAAUUCAAAAUCCUAGCAAAAGAUGGAGGUAACCCAUCCCUACAGAGCAAUGUCACAGUCAGAGUGAUAGUUGUGGAUGUGAAUGACAACACUCCUGUGAUAACUGCCCCACCUUUAGUCAAUGGGACCUCUGAGGUGUACAUCCCUAGGAACGCAGGGGUAGGCUACCUAGUGACUGUGGUGAAAGCUGAUGAUUACGAUGAGGGUGAAAAUGGCAGGUUGUCAUAUGAAAUAUCAGAAGGAGACAGAGGAUUUUUUGAGAUUGAUCAGGCAAAUGGGGAGAUCAGGACCACCAGGACAUUUGGGGAGAACUCUAAGACCACUUAUGAACUCAUCGUGGUGGCUCACGACCAUGGCAAACUGUCUCUUUCAGCAUCUGCUUUGAUCUUAAUCUACCUGUCUCCUGCACUGGAUGCUCAGGAAUCCAUAGGAUCUGUAAAUUUGUCUCUGAUUUUUAUUAUUGCACUGGGAUCUAUUGCUGCUAUCCUGUUUGUCACCAUGAUCUUUGUAGCAGUGAAAUGCAAGAGGGACAAUAAAGAAAUAAGGACAUACAACUGCAGAAUAGCGGAAUACUCAUAUGGACACCAAAAGAAAUCCAACAAGAAGAAAAAAAUCAGUAAGAACGACAUUCGACUGGUGCCCCGGGAUGUUGAAGAAACAGAUAAAAUGAACGUGGUGAGCUGCUCCUCCCUUACUUCAUCUCUAAACUACUUUGACUACCACCAGCAGACCCUCCCGCUUGGUUGCAGGCGCACAGAUAGCACCUUCCUAAAUGUGGAGAACCAGAAUACGAGGAAUGCUGGGUCCAACCAUGUCUACCACCAUACAUUUACAAACCAGAGCCCACCGCAGCCUGAUCUUAUCAUCAAUGGAAUGCCUCUUCCAGAGACCGACAACUACUCAUUCGACACAAACUACGUCAACAGCAGAGCACACCUGAUUAAAAGCAGUUCGACCUUCAAGGACUUAGAGGGGAAUAGUCUCAAGGACAGCGGGCACGAGGAAAGCGACCAGACUGACAGCGAGCAUGACGUCCAGCGGGGCUUGUACUGCGACACUGCUGUCAAUGAUGUCCUGAACACCAGCGCCAAUUCGGUGGGGACACAGCAGACCGAGCAAGAUCAGAGCGAAGGAUUCCAUUGCAGAGAAGAGUGUCGGAUUCUUGGUCACUCCGAUAGAUGCUGGAUGCCCCGAGUCCCCAUCACAAGUCGUGCGAAAUCCCCAGAGCAUGGAAGGAAUGUGAUUGCAUUGUCUAUAGAAGCCACCACGGUGGAUACAGAACCUUUUGAAGACUGUAACACAAAAAGAACUUUUGCAACUUUUGGCAAAGAUGGGAAUGAGCAUACUACCGACGACCGGGCUACCUUGAAAGGGAAAAGGACAGUAGACCUCCCGAUCUGCAGCCCCAAGGUAAACGGUGCCAUUCGCGAAGCGGGAAAUGGCUGUGAGGCUGUCAGCCCCAUCACUUCUCCUCUACAUCUAAAGAGUCCUCUGCCAGCCAAACCUUCGGCGACGUCGUACAACAUAAUCCACUGCCCCGGAAACCGCGACAUGGAGAAGUUUGUCAGCAAUGGUCCUUCUCGGCCUUCAGAGGCAGAGCCCAGGGGGGCGGACAGUGAAAACGUAAUGCAUGAAAUCAACCCGUUACUGGAAGAAUGUCGAGAAAAAGACUCGCUGGUUGUAAAGAGACUAAAAGACAUUGUCCUUUAAAGUACCGAGCCCGACGUGGGGAUCAACAGUGGACUUUAAAACAUUACAGCUUGUUUUUAAUUGCUUACCGAUGGUUCACAAAUAGCUGUAUUUAAAGCUUUCCCUAAAUGUAUUGUUUAUAAAUAAAGCUAUUGUUAUGUGACAAUCCCAAAAUUUUCAAUGUGGGGGCAGGGGUGUUCAGCCGAAGCAAGCAGCCUAACAUCGCUUUCAUGUUCUCGCUCAACGCAGGAUAAUGUUACUACCAUCAAUGUACAAAGUAUUAUGUAUGUAUUAAGUAUUUUGAAUUUAUAUAUUUUUAUAAGCAUAUAUAUCAAAAUGAAAAUUAUAAUAUAAAAUUAGCAUUGUUUGUACAGAAUUUUAAAAAAAAAAAAAGAGGGCAAAAAAAAAAAAAAAAAUUAGUGAAACGCCACGUUCAAAAUUCUCCUCUAAUGAUUUUGUAGCAUACUAGGGAACUCAACCAUAACUUGUGUUAUGUUCUAAUUUUCGAUGAAGUGAGCUACAGACAAGCAAGAACUUGUCAACAAUAAAUUAUUUAAUCAUAGUUUGCUGUUUUGCUGUGGACACCCCUGCAUCUAAGGCCCUUUUGCUGUUACAUGCUAUCUGUACUAUAAAUGUAUUUGAUAUUUAAAAAAAAAAUAAUAAUUUGUCCGGUGAUGGCAAAAGGCGUUCAAGUAAAAAAAAAAAAAAAAAAAAAAAAAUUACAUAAAAUAAAAUAAAUAAUUUGUAAUUCUUUUUUUUUUAAGACUAAGAUUAAAAUAUCUGCAUUAUAGUGAAGAAAGAGCUCCAUUGUUCUAUUCACAUUGCUGUAAAAAUUCACUGGUUUUCAACAGUGAGAGGUUUUAGCAUCCUUUCAAAUAUGUAAUUGCUAUUUAAUGAGACAGUAACGUGAGGUUUUGUGAAGAUUUUUUUUUUUUUUUUUUAACAUUGAUAAAGCUCAUUCCCUAUUUCUGAAAAACAAUCCUUUUUAUUGUAUUCCGGUGUCCAACUGAACGUCGUAACAUGUAAUGCGCAGGGUUUUCUGCUAUGACAUAAUCAAGGCCUCUCGGCCGAUUUUAUGUUUUAUUUUAAUUUAAUUUUUUUUUUUUUUUCGUGUUCUCGUGGCGGAUAUGUCACCGUGUUGAAUCGGUUUAGAUUGCAUUGAGUAGUACGUUUUCAUCAUCUGCAUUAUUGCCGGUUUGUUUGAAGGAUGAAAAUAUUUCUAAAAUGUUCACAUAUAAAAUCUUUUAAUUUUUUUUUUUUUUUUGACAAUUGUAAAUUAUAGAAAGAGUUUACAUAAUAUUCUGUUUGUAAUAUAGUCUUACAAGAUAAUGUUGCAGACAAUGUUGCAAAAAUUCACUGACUGCCAGUGAAGAAAAUUAAUUAAAAUGUUUUUAAUUUCAAAA